AUGCCGCAGCUUUUUCCAGCCAACCCCUCCGCGACCAUGGUGAUUCGCCAUGUGACGCCAGACAUCGUGACCAUGAGUCUGCCAUUCGCGCGGUUCGGACACCUGCAAUUUGGCGGACGAGGUACACUGGUCAAGCUCUCGACCGGCUCCCUCGCCGUAUUCUCACCAGUCAGCCUAACCCCCGAAGUCCGCGCAACAGUCGAGUCCCUCGGCGGAAACGUGAAAUACAUCGCAGCGCCAGACCUUGAACACCACCUCCAAAUUACGCCAUGGAAGCAAGCAUACCCCCAAGCAGAGAUCCUAGCGCCAGAAGGCCUCUUCGAGAAAAGGCAGUCAAACCCAGAGUUCCAGGAUAGUCCGUUCGAGCACGUGUUCAAAAAAUCGGAUACACUCCCCCGGACGAUCUCAAAGGAAUUUGACGCCGAGUUCGACACCGAGUAUGUGCAUGGCCAUGGGUCACGCGAGCUGGUCUUUCUGCACAAGCCGUCGCGCACGCUUAUCGAGGCUGAUCUGCUGUUUAACUUGCCUGCUACAGAACAGUAUUCUAAGACGCCUGAAGGGCCGAAGCUGAAUUUCUUUACUAAGCUCCUUCUGCCGUUGAUGUCGACUAAGCCUCCUGCCGUGUGGCAUAGGCGGUUUGCGUGGUACAUUCUUUCUUCGAAGGAUCGGGCAGCGUUUAAUGAGUCUAUCAAUAGGAUUGAUCGGUGGGACUUCGAUCGGUUGAUCCCUUGUCAUGGUGAUACUAUCGAGUCUGGGGCUAAGGGGAUUUUCCGUGAUGUGAUGGCAUGGCAUUUGGCUAAUCAGAAGGAUGUUUAG